AUGAUGGAUCCUCCAAGAUCCGACCCGUUUCGUCAAAUCCGAGUCGAUUCCGACGCCGGAGCUCUCUUCGUCCUCGAAUCAAAAGGCGAGUGGUGGCACGCCGGAUUUCAUCUGACGACGGCGAUAGUGGGACCGACGAUACUGACGUUACCGUACGCAUUCAGAGGAUUGGGAUGGUGGUUAGGAUUUUUGUGUUUGACGACGAUGGGACUCGUCACUUUCUACGCUUACUACCUCAUGUCUAAGGUUCUCGAUCACUGUGAAAAAUCCGGUCGCCGUCACAUCAGAUUCCGGGAACUCGCCGCCGACGUUCUCGGAUCAGGAUGGAUGUUUUACGUUGUGGUCUUCAUUCAAACAGCUAUCAACACUGGAAUUGGUAUUGGCGCCAUUUUACUCGCAGGACAAUGUCUUGAUAUAAUGUACUCGAGUCUUUACCCACAAGGACCCUUGAAGCUUUACGAGUUCAUCGCUAUGGUUACAGCUGUGAUGAUUGUUCUUUCGCAGCUACCGAGUUUUCACUCUCUUAGACAUAUUAACUUUGUGUCUCUGCUUCUCAGCUUAGGCUACACUUUCCUCGUCGUUGGGGCUUGUAUCAAUCUAGGUUUGUCUAACCACGCUCCUAAACGUGACUAUUCUCUAGAGCAUUCGGAUUCAGGGAAAGUUUUUAGUGCCUUCACCUCGAUUUCGAUCAUAGCUGCUAUUUUCGGAAAUGGAAUUCUACCCGAAAUACAGGCAACUCUUGCUCCACCGGCCACGGGGAAGAUGUUGAAAGGACUAUUGUUGUGUUAUAGUGUGAUCUUCUUCACGUUUUACUCCGCUGCUAUUUCGGGGUAUUGGGUAUUUGGUAACAAUGCGAGCUCUAAUAUUCUCAAGAACCUUAUGCCUGACGAGGGACCGACUCUGGCUCCUAUCGUGGUCAUUGGUCUUGCGGUCAUCUUUGUUCUUCUUCAGCUUUUCGCCAUUGGCCUCGUGUAUUCUCAAGUUGCGUAUGAGAUAAUGGAGAAGAACUCGGCGGAUACAACAAAAGGGAUGUUCUCAAAACGAAACCUCGUGCCGCGUUUGAUACUAAGAUCGCUGUAUAUGGCGUUUUGUGGGUUCAUGGCAGCAAUGCUACCGUUUUUCGGGGAUAUAAACGCGGUGGUAGGAGCGUUUGGGUUCAUACCACUGGAUUUCGUGCUGCCAAUGCUUCUAUACAACAUGACCUACAAGCCGACGAAGAAAAGCUUCACGUAUUGGAUAAACAUGACGAUAAUGGUUGUGUUUACUUGUGCGGGACUCAUGGGAGCAUUCUCCUCCGUGAGGAAACUUGUUCUUGAUGCUAAUAAGUUCAAGUUGUUUAGUAGUGAAGUUGUGGAUUAA